CACAGAUGCCCCUCCCCGGUGGCAGGGUAAAACAGUACUUGUCCCGCCCCACGUCGCAGCGCCGUGUCCCUCUCGCCUUCUUCCCCACCCCACCCUACCCUGGCACCCACGCGCUCUUCAGAUCAGAUCGGCAAGGCCAAUCCCGAGCAGUGGUGCGAAACCUCGAGCGCUCGCGCCGGUGACCAUAACAAAGAGGAAGCCGCGGUAGCACUGGUAGCGGCAGCAGUAAGGGGGAGAUGUCGUCGGCGUUCAGCGGCGAUGAGACCGCCCCUUUCUUCGGCUUCCUUGGCGCCUCCGCUGCGCUCGUCUUCUCAUGCAUGGGGGCGGCGUACGGGACAGCCAAGAGUGGCGUCGGCGUGGCGUCCAUGGGUGUCAUGCGCCCAGAGCUCGUCAUGAAGUCCAUCGUGCCCGUGGUCAUGGCUGGUGUGCUCGGUAUCUACGGCCUCAUCAUCGCCGUCAUCAUCAGCACUGGGAUCAACCCCAAGGCCAAGCCAUACUACCUCUUUGACGGCUAUGCCCACCUGUCGUCUGGCCUUGCCUGUGGUCUUGCUGGGCUUGCUGCAGGCAUGGCCAUUGGCAUCGUUGGUGAUGCUGGUGUCAGGGCGAACGCUCAGCAGCCGAAGUUGUUUGUUGGCAUGAUCCUCAUCCUUAUUUUUGCUGAAGCACUUGCCCUCUAUGGUCUCAUCGUCGGCAUUAUCCUCUCGUCUCGUGCCGGCCAGUCCCGCGCAGAUUAGAGGCACGUUUCAGAUGUCAACACCGUGCCGCCGACAGUUGCCUGGUCGUAGCUGGGUCAUGUUCUAUAUCCAUGAGACAAGAAGCUGGAGCACUUUGACUCUUUGAGAGGCUUACUUUUAUGCUGUCUAGUUUUCCAUCUUCUGUUGAGUCGAGAAAACAAGAAAGGCUGUGUAGCCAAGGGAUGACUUUUACCCUUGUGCCAUUCUUUUCCCUGUCGUGGUGGGGGGUGGGUUGCGGUUGAUGCUUAUUUAUGCACAGUUUUUGCUUGGGUCGGGGCUGGGGCUGGGACGUUGGUGUAAUGUGGUGAAUAAGCGAGUGCAUGCAACGCAAUUGGAACUUAAGACAUUUUUGGUAAAAUACUCUUUCGU